AUCACUUUGCUUUUUUAUUCACAUCUCCACUUUUCUCUUUUUCUCUAUUUAUACUCACCAAUUUCUUCCCCUUUUGAUCAUCAAAUUUUCUCCAUAAACAUCUUUUUCUCUAUUACACAGUUUUCUGCAAAGAAACCCAAUAAUAAAUCAUGGCUGUAUCAUCUUCAAUUUUAUCUAACUCCAUUUCUUCAUCUCUUAAAACCUCUCAAAUCCCUAAAUCUCUUGCAUUUUCUUCUCUAAAAUUAGGUCAAAUUGGGGUCAAAUCUUCUGGGUAUAAUCUUACUAAAUCACUGAAAAUCAACACUGUUCAUCAACAACCCACAAGAUCAUUUACUUGCAGAAGCUCUUCUGAUUCAUCCGAAAAUGUAAAAGUUCAUGAAUUUAGUGUUUAUGAGAUCAAUGAGCGUGAUCGUGAAAGCCCUGCAGUGCUUAAACUUAGCAAGAAACCUGUUUUUGCACUUGGUGAUUUGAUUCCUUUCACCAACAAGGUUUACACCAGUGAUCUACAGAAAAGGCUAGGAAUAUCAGCAGGAAUAUGCAUUUUGAUCCAAAACAAACCAGAAAAGAAUGGAGAUAGAUAUGAAGCAAUAUUCAGCUUACACUUAGGAGAUUAUGGUCAUCUUUCACUCCAAGGUGCAUACUUAACCUUUGGGGAUUCAUACUUAGCCAUAACAGGCGGGUCGGGUAUUUUUGAAGGUGCUUAUGGGCAGGUGAAAUUGCAACAAAUUGUGUACCCAUUCAAGAUUUUCUACACAAUUUACUUGAAAGGAAUAAAGGGUGAUUUGCCUAAGGAGCUUCUUUGUAAGCCUGUUGAGCCUCAUCCUGGUGUUGAGCCUUCUCCUGAUGCUAAGGCCACUCUCCCUGGGGCAUGUAUCCCUAAUUUUACCGACUAAAUUAAUCAAGUAGUAUUAAUUAAGAAGUAAUUAAGGUUAUAAACAAGUGUUUAAUGAGUUUUUUUUUUAGGGUAAUUAGGGAAUGGUUUUGGUUGAUUGGUUGUAUUAUUAUGUUUUUGUAGUAUUUCUUGUCAAUGUCAUAGUCAUCAGUCUAGUUUUCUGCACAAAGUCAGAGUCCUGAAGAGAGGUAGUGAACUGAUCACCCGUACCCCUUGAGAGGGAGUGUAUUUCUUGUCAAUGUAAUGGGUUUGAUUUUCCACGAAUAAGGUUUAAUGUGAGGAUCAUUUUCUUUUGA